AUGAAACUCCAGCUCUGCCUUGCCCUCGCCGGGCUCUCGGCGAACUUCGCAGACGCUAGGUUGGCUAAUUUCUUCUCAAAAUGCAAUACUGAGGCUGAGCUACUCUCGAGCUAUGAGGCUUGCUCGGACGCUAUGCAUACCAGCGUGAAGAAGACCUGCGACCCUAUGACCAACUUUAGCGACUGCGCCUGCUUGUUUGGGACAAGCAUGGUUGCGACCGGUGUGACAAUUCUUUGCCCUCCUGAUGUGACGACCUCUUACAUCGGCGUUGGUUGCGCCACCCGCGGCAUUAACACAGAAGACUUUGGUGCGGAGGCCACGCCGGAAAGUACCGGGGCGUCUUCAUCGAAUAACGGCGCAUCAGGGUUAGGAUCUGUCGCUGACGGCUUGAUCAUCCCAGUCGCCGUUGUUCCUGCUGGGGUCAUUGGGGGUCUGGCUGUCCUCAUGUAA